UGUGUGGCACUCCAGGAAACCCUUCUGAAACUUGUAGAAAAAAAUCUCUAAAAAAUUUCAAUCUCUACCGCAAGGAUGAUGAUAGCCACAAUUCUGUUAGUGGAGGUGUGGCUAUUUUGGUUUCAAAUCACAUUACAUCUUUACCGGUACAAAUAACAACAGAGCUGCAAGCUGUGGCAGUCAGAAUUUCUAUUGAAGUAACUGUCACAGUUUGUUCUAUAUACUUGCCACCAGAUGUCACAGUCAAUGAGGAUGAAUUGGAUACACUAGUUGAACAGCUGCCAACUUUAUUCCUUUUACUCGGUGAUUUUAAUGGUCACAAUUUUAUGUGGGGCAGUCCCGACAUUAACCGUCGUGGCAGGGCCAUUGAAAGAUUCAUUGGCAAUCAGCAACUGUAUUUACUUAAUACAGGAGAAGUGACAUACUUUCAUGCUUCAACGAGAACAUUUACAGCCAUUGAUUUAACCUUAGCAAGUCCAAAUUUGUUUUCAGCAUUUACAUGGGAGGUAGGAUCUAAUCCACUCUUUAGUGACCACUUCCCAAUAUUUCUAAAAUAUCAAGGCAGAGAAAACCGUGAAACAGCCCGUCCACCACACUGGAAACUUGAACCGGCAGAUUGGACUGCAUUCUCCUCUAUGGCUGACAUCUCUGAGGAAAUGGUCAAUGCUGCUGAUAUCAAUGAUGCAGUGGAAGUAGUCACUUCCAGUAUUAUUCAGGCAGCUGAUAAAACAAUGGGAAAAACAUCAACUAGAUACCCAAAGCAUCCAAAACCAUGGUGGGACCAGAAUUGCGAGGCAGUAUUUGAAGCACAAAAGAAAGCAUGGGGAAUUUUAAGAAGAUAA